AUGUAUGGAGUAAGACAAUUUAUAAAAGAAUUCUUAGAAAUAUAUUUAACAGGGUUUGAUAAAUACAAAGGUGGUUUGGAUACAGUGCACGAUCUAACAGGUACUGAAUCUGUAUAUACAUCAUGGAGAGGAAUAGAAAUUAUGUUUCAUGUUUCCACGCUUUUGCCUCACGAAGAUCACGAUCCACAAAAGUUACAAAAGAAACGUCAUAUAGGUAAUGACAUUGUUUGUGUAGCCUUCUUAGAAGCUGAAGAUACAUUGUUUUCGCCGGCCUGCAUCAAGUCCCAUUUUCUACAUACUUUUAUUGUGGUAAAAACUUCUCCAAAGAAAACAAAUCCUACCGUAUAUCAGGUGUCUGUUGUUUCUCGAGAUGAAGUUGGUGCUUAUAAGCCUUAUUUAUGGCACUGUUCUGUUUUUGAAAAGGAUCCUUUAUUUCGCGAGUGGCUAUUAACGAAAAUCGUCAAUGGUGAAAGAGCUAGUUAUUCAGCACCGAAAUUUGCAAGAAUGCAGGAUCGUACUAGGAGUCAAAUGCUAGAGGACAUCGUAACUAAUUUGCAAAAUCACGCCGAAACGGGUCAAAUUCCCAAACCUUACAGGAGGGGUUCUUGGCGCCCGAUCGGUCACAUGAGGCCUUCCAGUCCAUUGUUAGAUAGCGUAAGAGAUUCAUUCGAAGGUUAUGAACAACUCGCUAAAGAUUUUACAAAAGCCUUUCAAAAUAAUCAUCAAUUAUGCGAUGUGAUAUUUAAUGUAGGACAAGGUAAAGAAAAGACUAAAGUUUAUGCAGUUCGAGCAAUUUUGGGAAUUAGAAGCAGGGUAUUUUUAGAAAUGCUUUAUGGAUUUACUACUGGUUACGGCCCAUCAUCUGGACCUUCAGAUUCAAGUUAUAAGACAGAAGCACCGAAAUCCAGUAACUUUUUACAAAAGUUAGAAAUAUAUUUAACAGGGUUUGAUAAAUACAAAGGUGGUUUGGAUACAGUGCACGAUCUAACAGGUACUGAAUCUGUAUAUACAUCAUGGAGAGGAAUAGAAAUUAUGUUUCAUGUUUCCACGCUUUUGCCUCACGAAGAUCACGAUCCACAAAAGUUACAAAAGAAACGUCAUAUAGGUAAUGACAUUGUUUGUGUAGCCUUCUUAGAAGCUGAAGAUACAUUGUUUUCGCCGGCCUGCAUCAAGUCCCAUUUUCUACAUACUUUUAUUGUGGUAAAAACUUCUCCAAAGAAAACAAAUCCUACCGUAUAUCAGGUGUCUGUUGUUUCUCGAGAUGAAGUUGGUGCUUAUAAGCCUUAUUUAUGGCACUGUUCUGUUUUUGAAAAGGAUCCUUUAUUUCGCGAGUGGCUAUUAACGAAAAUCGUCAAUGGUGAAAGAGCUAGUUAUUCAGCACCGAAAUUUGCAAGAAUGCAGGAUCGUACUAGGAGUCAAAUGCUAGAGGACAUCGUAACUAAUUUGCAAAAUCACGCCGAAACGGGUCAAAUUCCCAAACCUUACAGGAGGGGUUCUUGGCGCCCGAUCGGUCACAUGAGGCCUUCCAGUCCAUUGUUAGAUAGCGUAAGAGAUUCAUUCGAAGGUUAUGAACAACUCGCUAAAGAUUUUACAAAAGCCUUUCAAAAUAAUCAUCAAUUAUGCGAUGUGAUAUUUAAUGUAGGACAAGGUAAAGAAAAGACUAAAGUUUAUGCAGUUCGAGCAAUUUUGGGAAUUAGAAGCAGGGUAUUUUUAGAAAUGCUUUAUGGAUUUACUACUGGUUACGGCCCAUCAUCUGGACCUUCAGAUUCAAGUUAUAAGACAGAAGCACCGAAAUCCAGUAACUUUUUACAAGUGCCAGAUAUUCACGAACCUCCAAGAAAUAAACCACCAUCGAGUCCAGUAGUAUGGAGAUAUUUUUCUCGUCUUGGAAAUUGGGCUGGAUGGGGAAUGGGAAGUCGUAGCACAUCUAAAAGUAAUUUAGCAUCUGACCCCGGAGGACUUAAACGAUGGCAGAGUAAAGAUAAAACCGAUAGAGAGCGAAAGCAAUCUCUAACUGGCACUACAGUUGCAUUAAGUGUUUGUGCAGAUGCUCAUAAAGUAGAUCGCGUUAAACUUUGCCAAACUGAGUUUAACAUAAUCGAGUUUGAUAGUGAUACGUUUCGAACGUUGAUUGAUUAUCUACAAAGUGGUUCUUGCCCUCUCACCUGCGAAACUAUUCCUGGUUUAAUAUGCGCUGCUGAACAUUACGAUUUGCCAGAGCUAUUACAAGCUUGUUUCCAUCAUGCUAAACAGCACCUGAAAAUAACUGUGGUGUGUUCGAUGCUUAAUACAUUAGAGAAUUAUUAUUGGAGAUACACAUCUGCUUCGGAAUUAGUUAAUACAAUUUUGCAACACAUUGAUGUAAGAGCUUCGCAAUUAUUUUCCAGACGUGAAUAUUUAGAUUUAUCAGAAUCCAUGUUUCAAAUGAUUGUUGGAAGAGAACUCAGUACCAUUCCUGAAGUGAAGAAAUUCGAAGUAAUGUUGCAAUGGGCCAAUCAUAAAGUGAACAACAUGGGUCAUCCAGAUCCUCAGGAAUUACAAUGUAUGAUGAACAGAUUAACUCGUGAUUUAAAACUACAUAAAAUUUCACCGCAAGACCUUAUUAAGAUUGUUCUGCCAACUAAGACAAUCAGUAACGAACGCAUUUUAGGUACUCUGCUAUAUCAAGCAGACAAAGGGAUAUAUCGUAUUCAGCCUUCAUAUCUGGACCAAUGUCGAAAUCCCGAUAAUAAUGACGAUUAUGAAAUAGAAGAAAAAACUCAUCGUCAUCAAUCUGUAAAAGUGUGUUCGAUGCUUAAUACAUUAGAGAAUUAUUAUUGGCGAUAUACAUCUGCUUCGGAAUUAGUUAAUACAAUUUUGCAACACAUUGAUGUAAGAGCUUCGCAAUUAUUUUCCAGACGUGAAUAUUUAGAUUUAUCAGAAUCCAUGUUUCAAAUGAUUGUUGGAAGAGAACUCAGUACCAUUCCUGAAGUGAAGAAAUUCGAAGUAAUGUUGCAAUGGGCCAAUCAUAAAGUGAACAACAUGGGUCAUCCAGAUCCUCAGGAAUUACAAUGUAUGAUGAACAGAUUAACUCGUGAUUUAAAACUACAUAAAAUUUCACCGCAAGACCUUAUUAAGAUUGUUCUGCCAACUAAGACAAUCAGUAACGAACGCAUUUUAGGUACUCUGCUAUAUCAAGCAGACAAAGGGAUAUAUCGUAUUCAGCCUUCAUAUCUGGACCAAUGUCGAAAUCCCGAUAAUAAUGACGAUUAUGAAAUAGAAGAAAAAACUCAUCGUCAUCAAUCUGUAAAAAAAUAAUAUGAUUAUUCUUACUUCAAUUGUAAAAGCUUCUGAUAUUGCAGAUCUUAAGAAUUUUCGAAAUUAAGAUUAUUGCAAUCUAAUUUCUUCUUACACUGCCAAUUAAGUUAAGAAUGAUUGUGAUAAAAAAAAAAAAUUAUAGAUUAGCCAACUUUAUCCUGCAUGGUCAUUUAUACUGUAUUUAGAAACACAAGAGAGAACUUUCAGUUAAAUUCCAACAAACUGAAGUAUCGAUAUCAGUUAGAUAUUUGAUAACAUCUUAAUUUGAUUAAAUGAUAGAUAAUCAAUGACAAUUUUACUAUAAAUAUAUAUAUAUAAUAAUGAAUUUAGUUGUAAGAAGUAGGAAUAUAUAAAAUUCCUGUAAUUAAAUAUGGCUUAGCCAAAAAUUUAUUAAUAAUUAAAUAUUUAUUACUUGUUUAUUCGUGAAACAAUUUUUAACUUUAUGUAAAUCAAAUGGAUGCAGGAAAUAUAGUAGUAUGUAGAACAAUUUAUGUAGUAUCGAUAGAUAGUCGGAAAAAUAUUUUUAGUUUCCAUCGUUAAUGAGUAGCUGGAUAUUUUUAGUAUAUGACAAAAAAUUUCUUCAGAAAAUCGUUGUAUGGGGAAGAUAAAAACAUUCUUAAUUUUAUAGCAUAAAACUCAAGAAAAAUAUAGUCAAAUUUAUAUUUUUAUGAAAUUCCUAACAUUAAUACUAUCACAUUAACCUGUGCCAGGUACCUUUAAAAACAAAAUGGUAAAAAAGUUCUUGGUACCAUGGGGUCAAUUGGCCCUAUGCAAAUAAAUAGCUAUUAUUGUUUAUAUUCUCAAAUAAUUUACAUUGGUAUUGUUUACUUUUCAAAUUUUUUAAGUUGAAAGUGUUUAUAAUCAUAAAACCUGUUUGUUAAUUAUUGCUGUUUACUUGUCUUUAUCCCUGAAACACACCGUAAGUUGAUCUCUUAGUCCCUUUUUCUGAUUGUGCUGUACUUGCUGAAACUUGACUGGUUUAAUUCUAUCGUAAGAAAUUCUUGAGCGAUGCGUUUCUGAACAAUGCUUGAUAAUCUAUGAAUCCAUUUAUUAAAUGAAAAAAUCUCACAGCAGUUAGAAACUAAUAAGUCUUACCAGAACAUAAACGUAAAUAGGUUUGCAUGCAAGAACCAAUGAGUUACAAAAGUAAUUAACACCUAUUUCUAGAUUUCUAACAAACAACAUAAAAUUCACUUUAAUGAUGCAUUUUAAUUACUAUUACCCAGUGCUUAAUCACUUAGUUUCUAAAAAUAGGGUCUCGACGGCUGGAUGGCCAAAGUGGUUAAGGCGCAGUAUGCCGCUCUGGGGAAUCCGGGAUCGAAUCCAGGCUGUCAAAUACAUGGGUGGUUCGUCUUGGUUAUGUCUUUCACAACCCUACUCCCAUUCGGUCCUGGCAGCAAUGGGUAUGAAAAAAGGCCCUCUUAAUGCCAAUAGAGCAGUAAGAGUUUUAAAAAAUAUUAGGCUUUAGUUUAAACUAUUUUGCUAUUGUGAUAUCACUAUGAAAGAUGCUGAUUCUGCUCGAAUUCGAAGCUAUCGUAAAAAAUUGUGUUCGAAUUUUCGGGUUGUGGGAAUUUAUCAUGAUAGCAUUUCGCGAGGUAAUUAGAUUGGCCAAGGCUUUGAUUCCCAUGCUGUUUCAUACUGAAUAAUUGCAUUGCAAGUUAAGUCCAUUAU